GCACGAGGAGGACGACGAGGGCGGCGACGACGACGACGAGAUCGCGCCUCCGUCGGAACCCUACUCGGAGGAGGAGAGCGUUCGGCUGAGCGAUCUGGCCGACCUCGCGGACGCCGCGCCGCCGUCCCCCUCUCGUGGGCACGCGUCGGACAGCUCGCCCUCGGGGAGGAGCGGCGACGACUCGCCGCCGCCGCCGCCGCCGCUCACCAACGGCCACGCCCGGCACCAGCCGGCCGCGAUGCCGGAGCCGAAGGUGCGCGCCGCGGCAGGCGGGCCGGCGGAGGGGGCGCAGGUCGCUGCGGAGGCGGCUUUCGCGCAGCUGCAGGCGCUGUGUGUCGACAGCCAGGCGGCGCAGGCGGCGCUGCUGACGUGCUGCGAGGUGUACCGCGGUGAGCUCGCGGCCCUCGAGGAGGAGGCGGCGUCCCGGACGGGCGGGGAGGGGAGCAACGGCGUCGUGACAGCGCAGAAUGCGCGCAUCGCGCAGCUCAAGGCGCAGGUGCGGCAGCAGGCGCAGACGAUGCGCGACCUCGCCGCUGAGGUGGAGCUGCGCGACGGCGGCGAGCACGCGCCCUCGAUCGCCGAGAGGCUGCAUCGGCAGGCCAAGCAGCGCGUCGAGCGGUACCGCAACGAGAACGAGCGCCUCGAGACCGAGCUGGCGGCGACAAAGCACGCGCUAGCGGCGGCGCGUGCCGAGGUGGCAGCGCUGCAGCGGCGCGUCGCAGACGCGUGACGCGGCCGGAUAUGAAGGGGUCGUGAGAUUGACGAUGGCGUGGGCAUAUGUCCAGGGCAGGCUGCGACGGGAGCUCUCUGCUCGGCUUGUUGUGCGAGUGUGUUGUGGGGGAUGAAGAAAUCAAAUCCCACGCGAGGUCU